GGAAGCUGACAGAAAAGGGGAAACUCCAAGGACAGGAAAUGUCAACAAGCCAAAAAGAAGAAGGAAAAGCCUCUGUGGUAAUACUAGAAAUUGCAAAUUAUGUGCGUGUUGAAAGAGCAGCAGCAGAUCAGGCUUUCCAGAGAGGCAGAGUAUCUGGAUUGUUUUCUGAUUGAUCUUCUAACAGUGAGAGAAUUUCUCUGAGCUUCAGCAGCAGAGGACGAGGACAGAAUGUGGCGGCUGCUCCUUCACCUGAUCUGCACUGGCUUCUACCUACAGCUAACAACAUGCCAUCCAUUAUGCCAGCUAUCGGGUCAGAAAGUCUACUGCGCCGCCCGGAAACUCCGCUGGGUCCCAGCACUGCCCCCCAACACCACCCAUUUGUACUUAGACAGAAACCACAUCCAAGAGAUCAACAGGACUUCUUUCAGAGACUUAGAGGAACUCCAGGAAUUAGACUUGGGGAGCCAACGGGAAGUAGUCCUAACAAUCAGGAACGACUCCUUUCUCAGGCAGAGAAAGUUGACUCUACUGGUUCUUGGAGACAAUUUGGGUCUGACGCUGGAACCACAGGCGUUUGUGGGGCUGGUCAGUUUACUAGACCUCUGGCUGGAUCACUGUUCCCUGACUGACUCCAUACUGAAAGAGAACUACCUGGAACCACUUCUGUCAUUAAACAGGCUCAACCUCUACGGGAACAAGAUAGUGAGACUCCUUCCCGGUCGUUUCUUUUUUAAUCUCACCAGGUUCUCUGUGUUAACUCUUGAACUAAACUCUCUUGAGAAAAUAUGUGAGGGGGACUUAGUUGGCUUCAGGGGGAAAUCAUUUCAGAGUCUGGACUUAUCGUCCAACAGUUUCUUUGGAUCCAAUGUUGACUGGUCGACCUGUGGAAACCCUUUCAGGGGGAUAACCUUCAAUAGGCUUGAUAUCUCUGGAAAUGGAAUGAAUUUGGAAAAAUUAAAACAGUUUUUUAGAGCGAUCAGGGGGACUCCUAUUGCUCAUCUGAAAUGUUCUAAUGGUCUUGGAAAAGGCUUUUCCCAUGAGAACAUUGCAGAUCCAGAUAAUGACACAUUUGUAGGCCUCAUGGACAGUUCAGUCAUUGAGUUAGAUCUGUCAGGGAACAGGAUUUUUGCUCUAAAAGAAAAAGUCUUUAGGCCUCUGAGAAAUGCAAAUAGUAUUGAUAUUUCGCAGAACAAAGUAAAUAUAAUUGAGAAAAACGCCUUCUUUGGUCUGCAAACAAAUUUAUACAAACUUAAUCUGUCCUUCAAUCUGUUAGGAGAGAUCCGCUCCAACACAUUCAACAGUCUAACAGAACUGCUUAUUUUGGACUUAUCUCACAACCACAUUGGUGUACUAGGGUACAAGGCCUUUAGCGGUCUUCCCCAGCUGCAUCAUUUAUAUCUAACGGGAAACUCUCUGCGGCUGCUGGGGUCUCCUGCUGCUCUACCGUACUUAAACUUCCUUCUCCUCAGAGACAAUAAGUUGGAUUCCCUCUACCCCAUCUUUAGCUCAUGGAACAACGUUAUCUAUUUAGAUAUUUCAGGAAACAAAUUAACAAACCUGGAGAACGUUUACAUUGUCUUGACUCAUUUCAGGCAUCUGGUUUACCUUUUACAUGGAGACAACCCCAUUUUGUGGUGCACAAUAAAUGCUGUAGUCUCCAUGCCUGGUAAUAGUAGUUUGAUUGUGUUGGACCUUCAUGGCUGUUCCCUGCAGAAUGCUUGGGCACAAGGCAAAUGCCUUGACAUAUUUGAACAUUUCCAGAAUUUGCUCACUUUGAAUAUCAGUCUCAACUCCUUAAUGGCUCUCCCUCAUGGGAUCUUUAGUGGUCUAACUUCAGUUGAUACAAUUGACCUUUCAUCUAAUGCCCUGACCUAUUUGGAGACCAGUGUUUUCCCAGCCAGCCUGAGAUGGCUCGACCUUUCAAACAACUUCCUAGCUACUCCCAAUCCGAUGACUUUCCACUCUCUCAUCCACCUUGACCUUGCAGGAAAUCGGUUCCACUGUUACUGCUCUCUGGAUAGCUUCCUGAGUUGGCUUAACACGACCAAUGUCACCUUCCGGAGCCCAGUCCAGGAAUACAGAUGCAAGUUCCCAGCUUCUGUCCACAACAUUCCCCUGCUGGAAUUUUCUAGUAUCAUGGAGCCAUGUGAGGAUGAGGAAAAGACUGUACAGGCUCUUCGGCUGGCUCUUUUCAUGUCAUCUGUCAGCCUCGUUUUCAGCUUUGUACUCGGGGGGAUCAUUUACGCCCGCCUCCGAGGUCAAAUAUUCUUCAUCUACAAAAAGAUAGUCGGCAGGGUUCUUGAGGGUCCCAAACCCCCCACCACUGAGAAGGACUGGCAGUACGAUGCCUUCCUGUGCUUCAGCAACAGCGACUACAGUUGGGUGGAAGCUGCCUUGCUGGAGAAGUUGGAUAAGCAGUUUUCAGAGGAGAACCUGUUCCACUGCUGCUUUGAGGCCAGAGACUUCCUGCCUGGGGAGGAUCACCUCUCAAACAUCAGGGAUGCCAUCUGGAGCAGCAGAAAGACGUUGUGCAUCGUCUCCAAGGAGUUCCUUAAAGAUGGCUGGUGCUUGGAGGCCUUCACUUUAGCCCAGGGACGCCUGCUGGAGGAACUGACCAACGUCCUGAUUAUGUUGGUGGUAGGGAAGGUUGCUCCCUACCAGCUGAUGAGGUACAACGCAGUGCGAACUUUUGUCCAGAAGAGAGAGUACCUCACCUGGCCUGAGGACCCUCAGGACCUGCAGUGGUUCUAUGAGCGCCUCGUCUCACUGAUCCUCAGAGACACCAAGGUGAAGAAGUUUGACAUAGAGAAGCCGGAACCUGCGGAUCCCGAAGGUCGACCUCCUGAUGGGGAGAUUGAGCUCAAGAACAUUGCAGCCGUUGACUAAAUAAACAAUGUAAAGGGAUGUGUUUCUAAGGCAGUGACGGACGUCUCUACUCACUGGACCAGUUAUAACAACCCAUCUGCCUAUAAUACUGUGAAUAGUGUAAUAUGCAUUUCUUUCUGCCGACACAAGCUAUAAGUUAGAAUAUUCCAGUAGAAUGUGAUCUGGAAAGUGUGGAGUAAAAAAUGUUGAGGUAUGUCUGUUCUUGAUGGCCUUGAUGAACUCACGUUGUUUUUCCUCCAAAUGUUCAAGUGUGAGAUAGUUCUUUAUGCAGGGGGGUGGGUUGGUUCCCCUGGGGGGAGUGUGUGUGUCGGGAUUUUGUAAAGUAUAAAUGUAUUUACUGAGGUUGCCUCAGUCAGAGCUCCAUCUCUACGGCUGAGGACGUUAAAUAAAUUCGAACCUUUUUUUU